AUGCCGGGGAGGAGAAACAGUCAAAGCAAGCAAGUGGAAAAAGCCAACUCGGGAGGACCCACUGGGACGUCCCACAAAUCCUCCCCCAGCAGAAAGAAACCCUCGCCAGCACCAACCUCGGAGCACUCACGGGCGGCCACGGAAGAUUUGGGCUCCCAUCCCAGAAGGCCUGCACCACGCAGGACAUGCUCAGGACACGCUCGGUCCACGGCUGCCACAGCACCUCGGCAGGAGGAGAAAAGCCUUGCUGGACAGGCAACGCCGACUGCUUUGGAGUCUCUCUCGGACACGCUGCAUCCUCCAAGAGAAACAGCAAACGACACACAACGGCUAGCCAACAACACUGGCCCAACAACUGGCAGGGCCGCUAAUGAGGCCAGCAACAAAACAUUCCAGAGUACCACUCGUGCAGGAAACAGCAUAAAGAAACUGACUGCAGCUGCACGCCGGCAGAAAACAGUGAAAGAAACCACGGCCACGGGGAAUUCACAUGAUCCACCAGGAAUACACCUACCUGCCGCCAAGAAAAGAAAGGUUGGGGAGCUAGCCUGGAGGAGUCCAGGCCUGCUAUCCAGCAUGAAAACGGACCCCGCCGGGGGACAAAAGCUGAGCAUCCUUGCCUGGGCAGGAGGAAAGGCAAAUAACACACACAACCUCCUCCUGAAAAGAAACAGUCAAAGCAAGCAAGUGGAAAAAGCCAACUCGGGAGGACCCACUGGGACGUCCCACAAAUCCUCCCCCAGCAGAAAGAAACCCUCGCCAGCACCAACCUCGGAGCACUCACGGGCGGCCACGGAAGAUUUGGGCUCCCAUCCCAGAAGGCCUGCACCACGCAGGACAUGCUCAGGACACGCUCGGUCCACGGCUGCCACAGCACCUCGGCAGGAGGAGAAAAGCCUUGCUGGACAGGCAACGCCGACUGCUUUGGAGUCUCUCUCGGACACGCUGCAUCCUCCAAGAGAAACAGCAAACGACACACAACGGCUAGCCAACAACACUGGCCCAACAACUGGCAGGGCCGCUAAUGAGGCCAGCAACAAAACAUUCCGGAGUACCACUCGUGCAGGAAACAGCAUAAAGAAACUGACUGCAGCUGCACGCCGGCAGAAAACAGUGAAAGAAACCACGGCCACGGGGAAUUCACAUGAUCCACCAGGAAUACACCUACCUGCCGCCAAGAAAAGAAAGGUUGGGGAGCUAGCCUGGAGGAGUCCAGGCCUGCUAUCCAGCAUGAAAACGGACCCCGCCGGGGGACAAAAGCUGAGCAUCCUUGCCUGGGCAGGAGGAAAGGCAAAUAACACACACAACCUCCUCCUGAAAAGAAACAGUCAAAGCAAGCAAGUGGAAAAAGCCAACUCGGGAGGACCCACUGGGACGUCCCACAAAUCCUCCCCCAGCAGAAAGAAACCCUCGCCAGCACCAACCUCGGAGCACUCACGGGCGGCCACGGAAGAUUUGGGCUCCCAUCCCAGAAGGCCUGCACCACGCAGGACAUGCUCAGGACACGCUCGGUCCACGGCUGCCACAGCACCUCGGCAGGAGGAGAAAAGCCUUGCUGGACAGGCAACGCCGACUGCUUUGGAGUCUCUCUCGGACACGCUGCAUCCUCCAAGAGAAACAGCAAACGACACACAACGGCUAGCCAACAACACUGGCCCAACAACUGGCAGGGCCGCUAAUGAGGCCAGCAACAAAACAUUCCGGAGUACCACUCGUGCAGGAAACAGCAUAAAGAAACUGACUGCAGCUGCACGCCGGCAGAAAACAGUGAAAGAAACCACGGCCACGGGGAAUUCACAUGAUCCACCAGGAAUACACCUACCUGCCGCCAAGAAAAGAAAGGUUGGGGAGCUAGCCUGGAGGAGUCCAGGCCUGCUAUCCAGCAUGAAAACGGACCCCGCCGGGGGACAAAAGCUGAGCAUCCUUGCCUGGGCAGGAGGAAAGGCAAAUAACACACACAACCUCCUCCUGAAAAGAAACAGUCAAAGCAAGCAAGUGGAAAAAGCCAACUCGGGAGGACCCACUGGGACAUCCCACAAAUCCUCCCCCAGCAGAAAGAAACCCUCGCCAGCACCAACCUCGGAGCACUCACGGGCGGCCACGGAAGAUUUGGGCUCCCAUCCCAGAAGGCCUGCACCACGCAGGACAUGCUCAGGACACGCUCGGUCCACGGCUGCCACAGCACCUCGGCAGGAGGAGAAAAGCCUUGCUGGACAGGCAACGCUGACUGCUUUGGAGUCUCUCUCGGACACGCUGCAUCCUCCAAGAGAAACAGCAAACGACACACAACGGCUAGCCAACAACACUGGCCCAACAACUGGCAGGGCCGCUAAUGAGGCCAGCAACAAAACAUUCCGGAGUACCACUCGUGCAGGAAACAGCAUAAAGAAACUGACUGCAGCUGCACGCCGGCAGAAAACAGUGAAAGAAACCACGGCCACGGGGAAUUCACAUGAUCCACCAGGAAUACACCUACCUGCCGCCAAGAAAAGAAAGGUUGGGGAGCUAGCCUGGAGGAGUCCAGGCCUGCUAUCCAGCAUGAAAACGGACCCCGCCGGGGGACAAAAGCUGAGCAUCCUUGCCUGGGCAGGAGGAAAGGCAAAUAACACACACAACCUCCUCCUGAAAAGAAACAGUCAAAGCAAGCAAGUGGAAAAAGCCAACUCGGGAGGACCCACUGGGACGUCCCACAAAUCCUCCCCCAGCAGAAAGAAACCCUCGCCAGCACCAACCUCGGAGCACUCACGGGCGGCCACGGAAGAUUUGGGCUCCCAUCCCAGAAGGCCUGCACCACGCAGGACAUGCUCAGGACACGCUCGGUCCACGGCUGCCACAGCACCUCGGCAGGAGGAGAAAAGCCUUGCUGGACAGGCAACGCCGACUGCUUUGGAGUCUCUCUCGGACACGCUGCAUCCUCCAAGAGAAACAGCAAACGACACACAACGGCUAGCCAACAACACUGGCCCAACAACUGGCAGGGCUGCUAAUGAGGCCAGCAACAAAACAUUCCGGAGUACCACUCGUGCAGGAAACAGCAUAAAGAAACUGACUGCAGCUGCACGCCGGCAGAAAACAGUGAAAGAAACCACGGCCACGGGGAAUUCACAUGAUCCACCAGGAAUACACCUACCUGCCGCCAAGAAAAGAAAGGUUGGGGAGCUAGCCUGGAGGAGUCCAGGCCUGCUAUCCAGCAUGAAAACGGACCCCGCCGGGGGACAAAAGCUGAGCAUCCUUGCCUGGGCAGGAGGAAAGGCAAAUAACACACACAACCUCCUCCUGAAAAGAAACAGUCAAAGCAAGCAAGUGGAAAAAGCCAACUCGGGAGGACCCACUGGGACGUCCCACAAAUCCUCCCCCAGCAGAAAGAAACCCUCGCCAGCACCAACCUCGGAGCACUCACGGGCGGCCACGGAAGAUUUGGGCUCCCAUCCCAGAAGGCCUGCACCACGCAGGACAUGCUCAGGACACGCUCGGUCCACGGCUGCCACAGCACCUCGGCAGGAGGAGAAAAGCCUUGCUGGACAGGCAACGCCGACUGCUUUGGAGUCUCUCUCGGACACGCUGCAUCCUCCAAGAGAAACAGCAAACGACACACAACGGCUAGCCAACAACACUGGCCCAACAACUGGCAGGGCCGCUAAUGAGGCCAGCAACAAAACAUUCCGGAGUACCACUCGUGCAGGAAACAGCAUAAAGAAACUGACUGCAGCUGCACGCCGGCAGAAAACAGUGAAAGAAACCACGGCCACGGGGAAUUCACAUGAUCCACCAGGAAUACACCUACCUGCCGCCAAGAAAAGAAAGGUUGGGGAGCUAGCCUGGAGGAGUCCAGGCCUGCUAUCCAGCAUGAAAACGGACCCCGCCGGGGGACAAAAGCUGAGCAUCCUUGCCUGGGCAGGAGGAAAGGCAAAUAACACACACAACCUCCUCCUGAAAAGAAACAGUCAAAGCAAGCAAGUGGAAAAAGCCAACUCGGGAGGACCCACUGGGACGUCCCACAAAUCCUCCCCCAGCAGAAAGAAACCCUCGCCAGCACCAACCUCGGAGCACUCACGGGCGGCCACGGAAGAUUUGGGCUCCCAUCCCAGAAGGCCUGCACCACGCAGGACAUGCUCAGGACACGCUCGGUCCACGGCUGCCACAGCACCUCGGCAGGAGGAGAAAAGCCUUGCUGGACAGGCAACGCCGACUGCUUUGGAGUCUCUCUCGGACACGCUGCAUCCUCCAAGAGAAACAGCAAACGACACACAACGGCUAGCCAACAACACUGGCCCAACAACUGGCAGGGCCGCUAAUGAGGCCAGCAACAAAACAUUCCGGAGUACCACUCGUGCAGGAAACAGCAUAAAGAAACUGACUGCAGCUGCACGCCGGCAGAAAACAGUGAAAGAAACCACGGCCACGGGGAAUUCACAUGAUCCACCAGGAAUACACCUACCUGCCGCCAAGAAAAGAAAGGUUGGGGAGCUAGCCUGGAGGAGUCCAGGCCUGCUAUCCAGCAUGAAAACGGACCCCGCCGGGGGACAAAAGCUGAGCAUCCUUGCCUGGGCAGGAGGAAAGGCAAAUAACACACACAACCUCCUCCUGAAAAGAAACAGUCAAAGCAAGCAAGUGGAAAAAGCCAACUCGGGAGGACCCACUGGGACGUCCCACAAAUCCUCCCCCAGCAGAAAGAAACCCUCGCCAGCACCAACCUCGGAGCACUCACGGGCGGCCACGGAAGAUUUGGGCUCCCAUCCCAGAAGGCCUGCACCACGCAGGACAUGCUCAGGACACGCUCGGUCCACGGCUGCCACAGCACCUCGGCAGGAGGAGAAAAGCCUUGCUGGACAGGCAACGCCGACUGCUUUGGAGUCUCUCUCGGACACGCUGCAUCCUCCAAGAGAAACAGCAAACGACACACAACGGCUAGCCAACAACACUGGCCCAACAACUGGCAGGGCCGCUAAUGAGGCCAGCAACAAAACAUUCCGGAGUACCACUCGUGCAGGAAACAGCAUAAAGAAACUGACUGCAGCUGCACGCCGGCAGAAAACAGUGAAAGAAACCACGGCCACGGGGAAUUCACAUGAUCCACCAGGAAUACACCUACCUGCCGCCAAGAAAAGAAAGGUUGGGGAGCUAGCCUGGAGGAGUCCAGGCCUGCUAUCCAGCAUGAAAACGGACCCCGCCGGGGGACAAAAGCUGAGCAUCCUUGCCUGGGCAGGAGGAAAGGCAAAUAACACACUCAACCUCCUCCUGAAAAGAAACAGUCAAAGCAAGCAAGUGGAAAAAGCCAACUCGGGAGGACCCACUGGGACGUCCCACAAAUCCUCCCCCAGCAGAAAGAAACCCUCGCCAGCACCAACCUCGGAGCACUCACGGGCGGCCACGGAAGAUUUGGGCUCCCAUCCCAGAAGGCCUGCACCACGCAGGACAUGCUCAGGACACGCUCGGCCCACGGCUGCCACAGCACCUCGGCAGGAGGAGAAAAGCCUUGCUGGACAGGCAACGCCGACUGCUUUGGAGUCUCUCUCGGACACGCUGCAUCCUCCAAGAGAAACAGCAAACGACACACAACGGCUAGCCAACAACACUGGCCCAACAACUGGCAGGGCCGCUAAUGAGGCCAGCAACAAAACAUUCCGGAGUACCACUCGUGCAGGAAACAGCAUAAAGAAACUGACUGCAGCUGCACGCCGGCAGAAAACAGUGAAAGAAACCACGGCCACGGGGAAUUCACAUGAUCCACCAGGAAUACACCUACCUGCCGCCAAGAAAAGAAAGGUUGGGGAGCUAGCCUGGUGGAGUCCAGGCCUGCUAUCCAGCAUGAAAACGGACCCCGCCGGGGGACAAAAGCUGAGCAUCCUUGCCUGGGCAGGAGGAAAGGCAAAUAACACACUCAACCUCCUCCUGAAAAGAAACAGUCAAAGCAAGCAAGUGGAAAAAGCCAACUCGGGAGGACCCACUGGGACGUCCCACAAAUCCUCCCCCAGCAGAAAGAAACCCUCGCCAGCACCAACCUCGGAGCACUCACGGGCGGCCACGGAAGAUUUGGGCUCCCAUCCCAGAAGGCCUGCACCACGCAGGACAUGCUCAGGACACGCUCGGCCCACGGCUGCCACAGCACCUCGGCAGGAGGAGAAAAGCCUUGCUGGACAGGCAACGCCGACUGCUUUGGAGUCUCUCUCGGACACGCUGCAUCCUCCAAGAGAAACAGCAAACGACACACAACGGCUAGCCAACAACACUGGCCCAACAACUGGCAGGGCCGCUAAUGAGGCCAGCAACAAAACAUUCCGGAGUACCACUCGUGCAGGAAACAGCAUAAAGAAACUGACUGCAGCUGCACGCCGGCAGAAAACAGUGAAAGAAACCACGGCCACGGGGAAUUCACAUGAUCCACCAGGAAUACACCUACCUGCCGCCAAGAAAAGAAAGGUUGGGGAGCUAGCCUGGUGGAGUCCAGGCCUGCUAUCCAGCAUGAAAACGGACCCCGCCGGGGGACAAAAGCUGAGCAUCCUUGCCUGGGCAGGAGGAAAGGCAAAUAACACACUCAACCUCCUCCUGAAAAGAAACAGUCAAAGCAAGCAAGUGGAAAAAGCCAACUCGGGAGGACCCACUGGGACGUCCCACAAAUCCUCCCCCAGCAGAAAGAAACCCUCGCCAGCACCAACCUCGGAGCACUCACGGGCGGCCACGGAAGAUUUGGGCUCCCAUCCCAGAAGGCCUGCACCACGCAGGACAUGCUCAGGACACGCUCGGUCCACGGCUGCCACAGCACCUCGGCAGGAGGAGAAAAGCCUUGCUGGACAGGCAACGCCGACUGCUUUGGAGUCUCUCUCGGACACGCUGCAUCCUCCAAGAGAAACAGCAAACGACACACAACGGCUAGCCAACAACACUGGCCCAACAACUGGCAGGGCCGCUAAUGAGGCCAGCAACAAAACAUUCCGGAGUACCACUCGUGCAGGAAACAGCAUAAAGAAACUGACUGCAGCUGCACGCCGGCAGAAAACAGUGAAAGAAACCACGGCCACGGGGAAUUCACAUGAUCCACCAGGAAUACACCUACCUGCCGCCAAGAAAAGAAAGGUUGGGGAGCUAGCCUGGAGGAGUCCAGGCCUGCUAUCCAGCAUGAAAACGGACCCCGCCGGGGGACAAAAGCUGAGCAUCCUUGCCUGGGCAGGAGGAAAGGCAAAUAACACACUCAACCUCCUCCUGAAAAGAAACAGUCAUAGCAAGCAAGUGGAAAAAGCCAACUCGGGAGGACCCACUGGGACGUCCCACAAAUCCUCCCCCAGCAGAAAGAAACCCUCGCCAGCACUAACCUCGGAGCACUCACGGGCGGCCACGGAAGAUUUGGGCUCCCAUCCCAGAAGGCCUGCACCACGCAGGACAUGCUCAGGACACGCUCGGCCCACGGCUGCCACAGCACCUCGGCAGGAGGAGAAAAGCCUUGCUGGACAGGCAACGCCGACUGCUUUGGAGUCUCUCUCGGACACGCUGCAUCCUCCAAGAGAAACAGCAAACGACACACAACGGCUAGCCAACAACACUGGCCCAACAACUGGCAGGGCCGCUAAUGAGGCCAGCAACAAAACAUUCCGGAGUACCACUCGUGCAGGAAACAGCAUAAAGAAACUGACUGCAGCUGCACGCCGGCAGAAAACAGUGAAAGAAACCACGGCCACGGGGAAUUCACAUGAUCCACCAGGAAUACACCUACCUGCCGCCAAGAAAAGAAAGGUUGGGGAGCUAGCCUGGUGGAGUCCAGGCCUGCUAUCCAGCAUGAAAACGGACCCCGCCGAGGGACAAAAGCUGAGCAUCCUUGCCUGGGCAGGAGGAAAGGCAAAUAACACACACAACCUCCUCCUGAAAAGAAACAGUCAAAGCAAGCAAGUGGAAAAAGCCAACUCGGGAGGACCCACUGGGACGUCCCACAAAUCCUCCCCCAGCAGAAAGAAACCCUCGCCAGCACCAACCUCGGAGCACUCACGGGCGGCCACGGAAGAUUUGGGCUCCCAUCCCAGAAGGCCUGCACCACGCAGGACAUGCUCAGGACACGCUCGGUCCACGGCUGCCACAGCACCUCGGCAGGAGGAGAAAAGCCUUGCUGGACAGGCAACGCCGACUGCUUUGGAGUCUCUCUCGGACACGCUGCAUCCUCCAAGAGAAACAGCAAACGACACACAACGGCUAGCCAACAACACUGGCCCAACAACUGGCAGGGCCGCUAAUGAGGCCAGCAACAAAACAUUCCGGAGUACCACUCGUGCAGGAAACAGCAUAAAGAAACUGACUGCAGCUGCACGCCGGCAGAAAACAGUGAAAGAAACCACGGCCACGGGGAAUUCACAUGAUCCACCAGGAAUACACCUACCUGCCGCCAAGAAAAGAAAGGUUGGGGAGCUAGCCUGGAGGAGUCCAGGCCUGCUAUCCAGCAUGAAAACGGACCCCGCCGGGGGACAAAAGCUGAGCAUCCUUGCCUGGGCAGGAGGAAAGGCAAAUAACACACUCAACCUCCUCCUGAAAAGAAACAGUCAUAGCAAGCAAGUGGAAAAAGCCAACUCGGGAGGACCCACUGGGACGUCCCACAAAUCCUCCCCCAGCAGAAAGAAACCCUCGCCAGCACUAACCUCGGAGCACUCACGGGCGGCCACGGAAGAUUUGGGCUCCCAUCCCAGAAGGCCUGCACCACGCAGGACAUGCUCAGGACACGCUCGGUCCACGGCUGCCACAGCACCUCGGCAGGAGGAGAAAAGCCUUGCUGGACAGGCAACGCUGACUGCUUUGGAGUCUCUCUCGGACACGCUGCAUCCUCCAAGAGAAACAGCAAACGACACACAACGGCUAGCCAACAACACUGGCCCAACAACUGGCAGGGCCGCUAAUGAGGCCAGCAACAAAACAUUCCGGAGUACCACUCGUGCAGGAAACAGCAUAAAGAAACUGACUGCAGCUGCACGCCGGCAGAAAACAGUGAAAGAAACCACGGCCACGGGGAAUUCACAUGAUCCACCAGGAAUACACCUACCUGGUUCUAAAGAAUGUCAUUUUGUUGUGCCAUAA